GGGUGUAAAAUCAAAUAUGUGUGCUUUUAGAUCACAUUUCCUAUGGAACUUAAGUAUAAAAUGUUAUGUUAUUUGAGGAGCAAAUUUAGUAUUUUUUUCCUUUUGCAUAUUUCAAUAUAAAACUUUAAAGUUCUCUGCACAUAAGAUGAGUUGCUUAGUACAGCCUAUACAUGCAGUAGAAAUCUUUAUUUAAGCUGCAAAAUGCCGUAACUGGCUCAGAAUCUUUGUGCCAAAAUUUAUAAUUUGCGUCACUGAAUAUUACCACCAAUGAUAUUAGAGAACUUUUUCAAAAUCAGAGCGAAGCUACAAGUGACUUUUGAUAAUUUCUUAAAAGUGGUCCGACAUGUUUUCACUGACACUGGAUGUGCUGCGAUUCUAAAUCUCUAAGAGGAUAGAUAACUGGCCGCUGUUGCGUGUUUAAUUCCGAUGCUGAGCACAUGGUUUAACUUGUAAUUUGCAAAGCAAAAGAGCGCUAACGUGUGAGGGGAAAUCAACUGGCCUGCGAUGAUCACGUAACACAUACAAUAUUUAGCAAAACAAGGGAAAAAUAUAAAGAAAAAAUACCCAGCACCGAACAAAACACGCAGACCUUCAGUACCCAAAAACGUGUGGUAUAGAAACAAAGCAUUGGCCUAUGUGCAUAUAGUAACAAAACGCUGCUGGGAAUCUCAUCAUGUCACUCAUUUUUCCAGAAAUUCUCACGGACCUUGCACUUAAUGCAUCCCUUUGCAGCGUAACUUGGGAAUAACUGGCUUGCAUGUUGCAGCCAUCGUCUGCACGCCCGUGCAUCGUUGUGCUGACCUCCUCUCGCCGUGGCUAUUGCCUAAAGCUGUUUAUAGCUUUAGGCAAUAGCCACUUGUAGAGCGACAAGUUUGUUUUACAAUCCACAUUCUCGCGUGACUUACACCUGCAGGAUCGACAGAUUUCGUGGUGACUUGCACAAUAAAAUAACCCCAGCAUAUUUUGUGCUGUAAAACUAGCCCAUUACAAUUUAGUAACUGUUCAGGUGGUAGGCAGGUAAUGUCACAUUGGCUUAGCUGUGUUAAAAAAAAUGUGCGCUGGUGCUCUUGGUGUUGUGCACAGGAAGCAUUUCAUUUUUUGUUUUUGCAACUUCAAGUGAGAUUUGAAAAUUGAGUGAAAGCAGCUGAAAGAAAACUGUAGGAAGUAGAAGUAGACCUCUUGUGGUCACCAAGGGAAACGGAUUGAGAAAGCUUAACAUCGCUGUCAGCCUGCGCGGUCCGAGCGCACCGAGUGGGAGGCGACAACCUACACCGCCAGUGUUUCACGGAGACUCCAUCAGAGCUGUUAGCUGUUUGUUGUGUCACAAGGAAGACAUCAAGAAGGAAGCCGCAGGGAAAAAUGGAAAACGAAUACAGGAGGAAGAUGAAAGAGAAACUUGGCCUGAGGCGAGACAUCUUUAAGGAGUUCCUGGCGGAGUUUCUGGGGAUAUUUUUCCUGAUAUGGCCUGCUUUACAGUUAUGUUCUUCUAUCCACCUGUCCACCCCGAGCUCCACCUGUCACCUCCAAAGCCUGUGACACAGCGUCAACAGCAGCCUUUUUUAUUUGCCUUUAAAUCAACCACACCCUUUACCUAAUUAAGUGGGGGACUCAUUAUUGUUUCCAGCUACAAAUUGUACAAAUUGCUGCAGAUGGUGGACAAGAGGGCUAGUAUUAAUGGUGGGUAUAAUUGGACUAAUUAAAUUAAACACAGUGAGCCUCUCUGCCUCUGCUGUUUAUGUUUCUGUUCUUGUUUGUGUUCCAGCUCUUUGGAUGCGGUUCGGUGGCCCAGAUGGUCCUGAGCAGAGCAGGUCCUGGUGACAUACUGAGCGUCCACAUUGGUUUCACUCUUGGAGUCAUGAUGGCCGUCUAUAUUGCAGGGGGAGUGUCAGGAGCCCACGUGAACCCGGCAGUCUCUCUGGCCAUGCUGAUCCUGGGGAAGCUGCCUCUAAAGAAGUUCCCCAUAUACGUGGCAGCACAGUUCCUGGGGGCUUUUGCUGGAUCAUGUGCCGUCUAUGGAUUGUAUUAUGAUGCUUUGAUGGACUUUACCAAAGGAGAAUUUAUUGUUACAGGUGAAAAUGCCACAGCCACCAUAUUUGCAAGUUAUCCUGCAAAACAUCUGUCUGUCCUAAACGGGCUUGGUGAUCAGGUAAUUGCAACCGCUGCACUGGUCAUAUGCAUCCUGGCUAUCACUGACAGGAAGAAUAUUGGCGCUCCAAAGGGCAUGGAGCCUCUGUGCAUUGGCCUGAUCAUCGCGGCCAUUGGAGUGUCCAUGAAUCUGAACUGUGGCUAUCCAAUCAACCCGGCUCGAGACCUCGGCCCCCGUUUCUUCACGGCUUUGGCCGGAUGGGGCAUGGAAGUUUUCAGAGCUGGAGGCUGCUGGUGGUGGAUUCCUGUGGUAGGACCCAUGGUGGGUGGCGCAGUUGGAGCAGGUGUUUACCUUAUCUUCAUUGAGCUGCACCACCCUGAACCUGAAAAACAAGAGGAGAACAAUGUCCAGGACAAAUAUGAGAUUGUAACUAUGACUUAAUACAAAAAAAACAGGUGUUAACAAGAAAACUGAAAUCUAUUUCCACUAUAAAAAAUAUCUGAGUACAUUUACAGUGAAUAGUUACAUGAAGCAUGUACGUGAAUGGAAAAUUUUAUAGUCAUUUAUUUAUAUACACAUGAAUAUUUUAUGAAGCCUUUAAAGUCUCUUUUUUUAAAAGUCUAUACGACUUCAGGUAUCAGGGUUUAUCUUCCAGGGGCUCUUUUAUAUAUCAAAUUUGACUAAAAUAAUAUAUCAACUAUACAAAAAAAUAUAUUCUCUUUACUAUCAUAAUAAUAUAACCUUAUAUAAAGCAUUUCUCCUGCAUUAAUCAGUAGCUAUGCAGUAUUUUUAAUUUCCUAUUUCCUAACUGGGACCAUCUUAUCCUGUUAGAAAUAUUUGCCAAGUUUCUGAACAUUAUUGUUUUUUUAUGUGCUUCUGUCAAACAAGUGGGCAUUAAAUAUACAGCAUGUAUUUGAAAACUGUUGAAAGGUAGCAAUUUAUGAUAUGUUUAGGUAGCGGCAUUAAUUGGUAUGGUGGAGUGUCUUCUCUCUGUGUCACACCAUCCUUUGUGCGCAUGUAAAAAUGUACGAUUGCUGUAUCUUGCCGUUGUGGUUUUGUUUUUUUAAUGUGUAUAUGUAGAAAGUCGAGCCUUAAAAUGACGAUACUGGGAUAAGUUUAUAUUUUCAUUUAUGUAUGCUCACAUAAACGUUUCUUUUCUGCAAAGAAUGUAGCAUAUGUCACUGAAUUCCUUCAUGUUCUUUGUAGCGGUAGUGUCACUGUAUCACAGGCAGUAUGCAAACACUGACUGUAACUGUUUACAUUAAAUCCUUCUCGCAGCUAAUGUGGGAAAUGUGUAAUAAAGGCUGAAAAUUCCCUCCAAAGCACACAAUCACUGAGCCUCUUGAUUCAGGUUAGUUCUUGAUCUUUUGAGAAUAUCUUAUCUGCACUAUUUUUGUUAUUUACCCUUGAUAUGUAUUUGUUUAAGACAUGAUUUGAAAUGUCCAAUUUUGCCCAAUCUUGCAGCCUUGAAGAAUCCUAUUUACAUCUUCAUAUACUCUAAAACAGGGGUGUCAAACAUAAGGUCCGGGGGCCAGAAUCAGCCCAGCAAGCAAAGAAAGGAGACAGGUUUCAUUUUCACUAAUCUGGCCUACAUAAGAUCAACGUGGGCUGCAUGUGGCCCACCAUGUAUAAUGAGUUUGACAUGCCUCUUCUAUAUGUGAAUCACUCCUAAGAUGGGCUGAGCUCUAUCUGCAGUAAAGAAAAAAAAAAACAGCCAGACAAA